CUGUGUGGCUAAACGUGGGAGCGUGCACGUUACCCUGAGCUGUUUGGAAGAGAUUUUUUUUAAAAAUAAAAAUACUAUUGAUUAAAGGCAGGGGCGCUCUAGGGUGUGGAAGUAGCAACACCGAUCCAACAGUUAUGCAGAGUAGACGAAGAUGCAGAUAGCUGGGUGGGGAGACAUUAGAAAAAGCCUAAAAGUAACGCUAGCCAUCUUGAUUAGGACAAAAAAAAAAAACACCACAAAGAAGGGAGCAAGCUUUGGAGAAGAACGUAAAAGCCAUAUAGAGAGGCAUGUGAAGGGUUAAAGUGACCGAUCUCCAAAAUGCUAGAGAGGACGGAGCGGAAAAAAUGGGUUAGGGGCCGAAUGUGAAAAAUGCAGCCUUUCCCCCCCUUCCUAUUCCGCUUCCGCCCUGGGAAACUUGACUUUUGGGAUUUGUGGGUUUUUUUUAAACUCCCUUUCUCCAGGUAUGCUCCUGCUUUUGCUAUUGCGGCUAUAAAUGCUAUGAAGGUGCUUGGAGGGAAGAAGUGAUGAGUUCAAAUCAAAGAUGAGAAGGAGCAAGGAAUAUACAGCUCCAUGGCAGAGCAUCGGCUUGAUAUAUGCAGAAGGUCCAGGGUUCAGUCCCUGACACCUUUCCCAGCAAUAGGAGACAAGAUUAAUGUUUCAGUCUGUCUCAUCUUGGAGUCAUCCAAGGACAUCGAUUGGUACUACAUUCAGGUCAAACAAAAAGGAAGUAUAUUUUCACAUAAAUAAAGCAAGCUGUCCUCUUCUAGAAGGCCACCAGCUUUUGUGGGAGACAGCCUGGUUGCUUAAGGGCCCUCAGGACUUUACACUGAAGAACUCUGUACGUCUUUUAUAUUUCAUGUAUCUGAAAAGAACUCCAUCGGCCCUCUGGGAAGAAUCUCAGAACACUGACUGGAAAAGUCUUGUCUGCCAGUAGCAGCUGAAUGCAUUUUCAAGUUGUGCUGCAAGGAACUGAAUUCUAAGGAGAGGCCUCAGCCGAGAUAAGGCCUAUUCAUCUCAAGAGCGAAGGCAUGCAAGAGAAAAUGGAUGCCAAUCAAGAGGUGGCAUCAGCCCUGACUCUCCAGUUUCAGGCAACCCUGGAAAUGAAGACACGGGGCUCAGAAGGACCAGAAGCCAGCGUGGAUGUUGGGAAAGCUCCUCACAAUACCCAGCUUGGAACCUCCAAGGAAUUUCUGGGAUGGGCAGCACCUCAAGAAAUUAAACAAGAGCCAGAUGAAGGGCUGUUCUCGUGCUGGGAAGGCCAGCCGCAAGAGCUUCAGAAGCCAGGACAGUCCUCUCCCUCAGAUUGGAGAAUCCCACCGCUACCAGAAGAGCCCACUCCUUGGGACAAUACGAUGGCCUUCCUGGCCUCCUUCGAGCAAGUGGCCGAAGCCUGCCGGUGGCCAAGGAAAGAGUGGGUGACCCUCCUCCUGCCAGCCCUCAGUGGCGAAGCCGAGCAGGCCUUUCAUCGCCUGGAUGUCCGAGACAAGGGAGACUAUGGGAAGGUGAAGGCGGCCAUCUUGAGAGGAGAUGCCAUCAGCCGGGAGAGGACGCGCCAACACUUCCGCUGUUUCUGCUACCAGGAGGCUGAGGGGCCUCGAGGAGUUUACAGCCGACUCCGUGAACUUUGCAGCCAGUGGUUGAAGGUCGAAAGGCACUCCAAGGAGCAGAUCUUGGAAGUGCUGAUCCUGGAGCAGUUCCUGACUGUCCUGCCACCUGAAAUUCAGAGCUGGGUCAGGGGACAUGGCCCAGAAACCUGUUCCCAGGCGGUGGUCCUGGCGGAGGAUUUCCUGCUGAGGCAGCGAGAGGCCAAGAGGUGGAAGCAGGAGGUUUUACAGCCAUUUGAAGAGGUAACAGUGAAUUUCCCUGAGCAGGAACAAGAUUCGUCCCAUGCUGGGCAGAAGCAGUUCUUCCAGGACCCAAAGCUGGUGAUGAUGGAAGAUAAUGAUGGAAAUGCCACCUCAUUAUGUUCUUUCUCUGAUCCAGCCGUUUACAUGCAAGCAGGUGAAAAUGAAGAAGAAACUCCUCAGUGGGAAUGUUCCAGACAAGCAGAACCACAUGGGAUAUCUCCGGGGAGAACCACCGAGAAUAUUCCCCAGGGUCAUGUGCAUGGGGAGGCCUCUGGGACUGGUCACAGGCCAGAAAGGCAGCAGGGGAGCCACUCCAAGAAGAAACCAGGGAAGGCCCUCCUUGGUGGGGGUGUCUACAAGAGAUUCAAACAGCCACCAUUCUGGCAGACCAAGAAGGUUUGCACUGAAUGUGGGAAAACCUUCAGCUGGACCUCCGAUCUCAUUAGACACCAGAGGAUCCACACCGGGGAGAAGCCAUACAAGUGCUCUGUGUGUGGGAACAGCUUCAUUCACAAGUCACACCUCAUCAGGCACCAGAGAAUUCACACAAAAGAGAAGCCGUACGUGUGCUUGGACUGCGGGAAAAGCUUCCGCCAGAGCUCACACCUCAUCAGACAUAAGAGGACACACACGGGAGAGAGACCUUAGCUUCCUCCUGGAAUUUUGCCUUGUAUGGCAUUAUUAAGAGAGAAAGCAAGAGGGGAAUGCAAGAGGGGAAUCUUUUCAAACAAAGAUUGGCAGAACCCGUGACUUUAUGAGGCACAAAAGCGAGGAAACAUUUUUCAGUGGUGCUAGGAUCUCAGAGGUACAGAAUCCAGGAAGGGUAGCUGUGUUUGUCUCUUGCCACAAACAACAAGGAGUCUCGUUUGUUUGGC